UGCCAAAUAUUUUUUGACGUCUGCUUUUUACGUAAUUUUUAUUCGUAUUUUGUAUAUUUUUUGCAAUGUCGGGAGAUUUAAAUCAAGAAAUUGUUGCAUCUCAUGUGACGGAGGCUGGACACACGACUGAAAUGGUUGAAACUAAAGAACAAAUUACUGAUAGACCCACUUCAGAAAAAAUAUUAAAGAGCAGCCUGAAAAGUCGCGAUCAGUUAACCACAGAGAAAACUAGCAAUGACGCUGGAAAGGAGGCUCCAAGCGAGGCAAAUUUACAACCCGAAAAAAGAAAAAGUGUCAAAUACACACUGAGCGAUGAACAACUGGACAUACAAAGCGUAAAUAUACACGUUUUGGCUGAACUUAUGAAACGCGAAACUAAUGAAUUGGCAAUUGAAGAUAUUUUUUCUUUAAAAAGUGAAGGCAAAAGUGAAGAUACAGUCAGUGUUUCUUAUCUUAAAACUCCUGCUCGAUACCCCGACUUUGCUCAGGGGAAGGAUUUCGAAGUGGACAAUGAGUCUAUUUAUUCCUUCCUUAUGAAACACCGAGAAUCCGACGUAUCUCUAUCAAAAGAGCAAAGUCCAGAAAAAUCAUCAGAAUCUAUUCAUAAAGAAGACGAAAAACUAAUCGACAGGAACAUGUACUACGAACUUCAUAAAUUAUAUACAGCAAACUACAACAAAGAAAAAUGGAAAAACAAUUAUCUGCAAAAAAAGUUAGCGCAGUAUUAUAACCGACGAAGAAUGUAUCACGUGUUUAUCAUGGAUAAAUCUCAACACGAAUAUGCCAAAAUGUACGAAAAACUUUUAGAAUCACUUGCAACCAAACAGGACGAAGCUGCAAGAGAACAAGCAUCGUUGGAGAGUGAAAUAAGCGUUCUUAGAAACAAACAUCGAGCCCAAAGCGAAGAAGUUGACACUCUCUUCGCGCAACUCCAACAAGCUGAAGCAGAAAUAAGCAAGCAGUUUAGCUACACAGCCCUAAAUGCACCAAAAAUUGUCGAACGUUAUCUCAAACGCCAGCGCUUGCAGUUGUCCAAUUUCAGAGAAAUGCAUCUUGCUUUUAUAAAAUUGCGAAACAAAUACAACGAAACGCAAGAUAUCCUCGAUUCUCUUGAUAAUCUAGGCCCCAACUGUCGUCUAAUUGACUACGAGCAGUUGAAAACAGAUAACAGAAACCUCUACGAGAAGCUCGAAGAGAAGGAAUUAUACCUCACGUCUAUAAGACAGGAGUGUCGAAAUGUGAUGCAGAUUUUAGCUCACACGAGAGAAAAGUCGAAUGUCUUGAAUUUGGAUAUUAAGAAUUAUCAGGAGCAACUCGAUGGGGUUUUAACCGAUUGCAUGGAUGCGAGAGAACAAUUGAGUAUGUUGAAGCAUGAACGGGACUACAUAAGACGGCAGAUAAAUAAAUUGAAACUUGAGACUGGUUUGCUUGGACGACCAAAACUGUUAAGGGAUUUGGAGAGGUCAGAUUAUGAAGUACAGGAAGGGUUAUACCAACUAGAAGAGUACAAAGAAGCAUGCAAAGCAGCAUCAGACUCUUUGAUAGCUAUGAAGAAAUAUGUCAGGAAAAUGGGCGUCAAAGUGCAGACGAACAAAAUGUCAAAAAUGUCAAAAAGUGUAAGCUUUUGUGACAGGGAGCCUUAGAAUGUAAUGUAGGUGUUAAUAAAAUCGCUAGCUCUUUAA